AUGAAGACUUUAACUGAAGAAGUGUGGCAGGGAUAUCAUAAAUGUGUUGAGAGGAUGAUCCCAAAUAAAAGUUUGCAAGACAAAAUACGGGAGGAGCUUGGUGUGUACAUGAAAUCGGAUGGCCUACUUGGAAUUAAAUCAGCCAUUAAAGCAAGAACCUUGAGGUCACCAGUUGAAUGGUGGAUGCAAUAUGGUCAUGAUGUCCCAAAGUUGCAACAAUUUGCUAUAAGAGUACAAAGUUUAACUUGUAGCGCAUCCGGUUGUGAGAGAAAUUGGAGCGUUAAAAAGAGAAAUAGGCUUGAGUUGACACGCCUCAAUGAUCUAGUGUUCAUCAAAUAUAAUAGAAUAUUGGCGCGUCGUUACAAGGCUCGUAAUACCAUUGAUCCAAUUUUGUUGGAUAGUAUUGAUGAGGCAAAUGAAUGGUUAAUUGGAGCACCACAAGAUCACCAAUAUGAAGAAGUGUACGAAGAAGAAAGUCUAACUUAUGGUGAUGUUUCUUUGGCAAGUGGUGUUGAGGAGAAUAUUUAUAGUUUUAGGGGGAGUACAUUAAGGGGCAAGGAAAAAGAAAUUGGAGGUUCUAGUUCAAGUCAAAACCUUGUUGAUGAGCCUUCUGAUGAUGAAGAAGAUGAUGACCAAGUAGAACCCUUGGUUAUGGCACUUGAAGAGUUUGAGGAUCGUGUUGAAGAAUAG